UGUUGUUUCACAUUUUUCAUAAAAAAUGGUGACGUUUAGAUAUUUCAUUAUCAUUUGGAUUUUAAUCCCCUACAUUUCAGCUAAAAACUGUACCACACCACCCCAGAUUGAGAAUGGAUACGUUCUAGCAUCCCUUCCCACCAGAUGGACGGAGGAUGGGUUGAUAAAGUUUACGCCCGGGAUGUCUAUUCCUCCAAAGACAAAAGUGAUAUAUAAAUGUAACACAAAGUGUUAUUCCAUGGGAGGGCGUAACAAGAUGUUCUGUAAGAAGACUGGGAUAUAUAAUCGGGAGCCACCACAAUGUGUUGAGGCUCCGCAGAGGUGUCGUCCAGCAUGGAUCAAAGAAAACAUUAUCAAUGCAACACAAGAGUAUGCUGAUCGCGUUUAUGAACUGAACGCAAAAUGGUGGAAUGAUUCUUUGUUGACAAUGGAAGAACGUCAAGCAUACAUUCUUAUAUGUCUAUAUCGCAAAAUAGCCGCACGUGAUGCACUGAGACCAUUGCUUCGAAAAAGUGAUAAAUUAUUUCAAAGUGAGAAAAAUGAAUUGGCAGAAUUCGUGCAAGAAUUUGAGAAAAUUGGCAUUGUUUUCGCCAAGUUGAGGAGGUCAUGGCUAAAUAUGGACAUUAAUGAACAAAUAAUAGAAGUUGAACAAUCGACGCCAACCAACUAAAAAUAAAACUUAAAACUUUGCUCUUUUUCAAAAAAAUUAUAAUUUUCACAAGCAUCAUAAUGUUGAUGUAAUAAAAAAAUUACAAUCAUUUUAAAGCAUGUCAAAAUGUACAUAGGUUUAAAUCACAUAAUUUCUUUUCUCGAAGUAUAAAAUACAUUUAU